CUGAAGAUUUUGAGGGCAUGCAAAUCGUGAUUUGGCCGGCGUAGGCAAUUUGGGGCCUAUUUACUGGUCUGCAACCGUAUUGAAUCUCCCAUGGCAAUUUAGAUGUAGGACUAUCUCACUCAUAAGUUAUUUCCAUAAUAUUCACGUGAUGGCGAUGUCACGUGACUGCGAGUUGUGUUAUGUAUAUAUCAUGUCCAUGCCCACCCAGUACCUCUUCUAAAACCUUAGAGCAAGAAAGUCAACCACCACGCACCCUGUUCCUUCACCAAAAUAGUCCCUGGACUAUGAGCGGGGUGGUGAGCAACAGUCUAGAGGGGCCGGACGGCGGAAGGCCCGGCUGGGUCGCGGUCCUCGCGCUCUGGACCGAAAACCUCAUGGAGACCGGCAUUACCAAAGGUCUCGGGAUAAUGCUGCCGAUUUUGCAAAUCCAACUGACCUCCCAAAUGUGGAUUAUCGGCUGGAUAGCGUCACUGACGAUCGCAACAAGUGGAUUCGUAGCUCCUUUCGGAGGAUUAGUGAGCAGGCGCUUUGGGGCUGGUUACGUCAUGAUGACGUGUGGCGUGAUGAUGAGUGCAGCGGCCAUUGCCGGAUCGUUCGUCGAGAACUCUCUGCAACUGGCGUUGCUGUACACGUUACUGGCAGGUACUGCAAUAGGUAUAUCGAGUGUCGUUGCAAAGGAGGCUGUCGGACGCUGUUUUACCAAGAACUACGCCACAGCCAAUGGCAUCGCACGGACCGGCUACUCCGUGGGACUGAUCGUCUUCGCGCCCCUGGUCCAGCUUUUCUUAAACACCUACGGCUGGAGAGGAACCAUGUUACUAGUGGGAGCCAUCACCAUGCAUUUUGUUGCGAGUGGCGCCGUUAUGGUAGCAACGAGGCAGCCUGAGCUGGAUCAGUCAAACGCAUACCAAACGCUCCCCCAGACCGAACGCACCAAUUCGUCAUCAGCACAUGAGAGCACUCUCCGUUCUCACCGUAGUUCGCUGAGGAAGUUCGUCUCUAAGAACUUCGAGGCGGGACUACUUCUCAAUGCGCGCUUCUGGUUGGUGGCCGUCAUAUCUUGCUGCACGAUCUACGCGUACCUCAUGUGGAUUGUGUAUUUCGUGUCGCAGGCGCAGUCCAACGGGUUCACUUUGGAGGAGGCGGGGUCUUUCGUGACCAUCGCGGGCAUUGCGAACCUGUUUGGUAAAAUCAGUCAGGGACUGAUCACCGACCGCGGAGUGAUGUCCUCGUGGACUCUGGUUGCCGUUUGCAUCGUUAUGAGUUCCGUCUCGUACCUUGCCUCCUCUUUGCUGACUUCUUUUUGGCCAAUGAUGACGUCAGCGGUGCUGAUUUUGUUCAGUGACGGGGUCUUGUCCUGCCAGACGGAUGUUCUCGUCAAGCAGGUUCUUGGUGUCGAGCUAUUGGCGGGUGCUUUUGGCUGGAUCGGGCUAAAGGUGACGUUAUUAUUAGUCGCUUUGGGAUUUCUGCCUGGUUUGGUUUACGACUUGACCGGAAGUUACACAGCAGCCUUUCUACUGAUAGGCAGCGUGCAGGCUGUACCACUGGUGCCUUUGCUGAUGCUAAGAUAUUCUCAACGGUAGAACCUCGGAGAGUUUCUUGCAUUGGAGGGUUUCAUAAUUGACUGUGAGUCGAUCGGAGUUGAAACAGAAGCAUAAGAACAUAAUGUACAUUGAACAAGUGUGUUUUGAUCAAUUAAAGAUUAGUUGCACGCAAUCCUGGCUUUAUGCCUUUUCCUGGCUUUAUGCCUUUUUCUGGCUUUAUGCCUUUUGGUUUGUGUCUGGUGUUGUUGCGAUUUCUAUGGGUGUGGCAAUCUUGCCAUACCUCGUGUGAACAACAUUCAUCCGAUUAUGAUAAUGCAGAAUGGCAGUGGCGCAC